AAGGAUUUACGUACUACGAAACAAGAGGAAGUACUAGCUGAGCACAUGACAAUAUCGCAAAUGAAAGAUGACGGUAAAAGCAAUAGUUUGAAAUAGGAUGCAGAUGAGGUACCAGGAAUUCAUUUACGUUUUGAAUAUGAUGAUAGCCUAUGUGCAAUUAAGAGAUCAUGUUGAGGCUCUUAUAGAAAAGGAUACUGCUCAGGCCGUUGAUACUGCGUAUAAUCAACAACGGGCGCCACAAAAGAAGUUGAAGCAGGAAGCAGAACCUCAGAUAGCACAACUUCCAGGAGAAACAGAUUCAAAAUUGAAGGAAUUCGUGAUGCUUUAUGAAGAACUGACGAGUGUUAUUACGAUUGAUGUCAAGAAUACCAAAGAAGGGCGCUGUCACACAUGCAUUAUGGCAGGCCAAAAAGGAUGUAAGUUUUGUCAUAGUUUCAGUUUUAUUGUCAGAAAAGUAUCUUUAACCAAGUGCAUGUGCAUUAUAUAUAUAGCCUUUCACUUCACUAUUACUUUCCUCGGUAACAAAGAAGGUGACCUCGUUUAUUAUUCACCCUCAUUUGAUAGUAGAGAUAAGGCAUUUCAGUCAUCGUUGCCGGAACUUUAUCAGGAAAAUGCGGCCGUCCCAAAAGAGUAUCUGCCCAUCUUUUUUGCGAAUUUAUCUGCAGUUGUGAACGUUGUUGAAGAAAAUCGUUAGCAAAAGAAUCAAAGAUGGUUAAAAAUGAGAAAAAUUUCUAAAUGCUUUGCACCACCAUGCAAAUGUAUAUACCAACAUCUUUAUUUUUCAUAGCUUCCGUUUGAAUGUGUAUAUAUUACAAUACAUCAAUUUAAUACAAAUUACACGGAGGAAUAGCCCUUUUAUUCUACAUUUUAUCAAAGACAAAACAUAUCACUGUCUUUUUGCUCGUCGCAUGUAAUCAUUUCGCUCAUUUUCUCAUAGUUGCGGCUGUUGUUUUCGUUAUCUGCCAGGUUUCAAUUUGGAAUUGAAUCUGCGUACUCUUGUGUGUACUUCCAAGAUCAUCUUUUGCGUAUUGUUGGCAUCAGAAUAGUAAAGGGGGGGGUAAGUAGAAUAAACUUUUCGUUGUGCUAACUUAGCUCUGGUGCACAAUUUCGGACGAAGUGAAGUACAGAUAGUGGAUUGAUGACGAUUGAUGAAAAAAAAAAAGAAAA